UUUUUCCUGGUGUCCAAACCAUCCCUCUAACGAACCCCGCUCAUGGUUACCAGCUACGACACACGUUACCUGAGAGGUGAAAGCCACGAGCGCCCACAAGCACUACUCCACCAGCAGAGGAACAGGAACUCCGGUGCUCGACUCUCCACCUCCAGCCGGCCUGAUGACGUCUGUGGCAGGUGAUGCGAUGAGGAGGAAGACGGCGUGUGUCACCGGAGGUGACGGAUACAUCACCUCGGCCCUCGUGAAGAUGCUGCUGCAAAAGGAAUACACCGUCAAGACGACAAUCAGAAAGUCCGAUGACAUGGAGAAUCACCCCCAUCUCAAGGACUUGCAAGCGCUCGGUCCCUUAGAGGUCUUCCGCACCGACCUGGAGGACGAGGGUAGCUUCGAUGAGGCCGUGGCCGGCUGCGACUAUGCCUUCCUCGUCGCGGCUCCGAUGAACCUCAACGCGGAGAACCCUGAGAAAGAAGUGAUCGAGCUGGCCGUCAGCGGAACCCUUAACGCAAUGAGGUCGUGCGUGAGGGCGGGGACGGUGAAGCGCGUGAUCCUGACAUCGUCAGUGGCG